AUGGCUAAAAAAACAGGAGAAAAUUCUAAAAAGGCCGCAGGAAAUGCUCGUAAAGCAGAACAGGCCAACAAAAAGAAGCAAGAACAACUAGACAAGUUUGAACAAGAAGAAGCUUCCAAAUGGGACGAAGGAUCGAAAAAGGGCAACAAAAAGAAGGAAGAGGAGCAAUUCAAAAAGGAGGAAGCUGCACGUAAGAAGCAAGAGAGAGAUCUACUCCUUGCUGCUGAGGAAGCCAGUUUACCUUCCAAGCCAACCAAGGCGAAACAACGUGGAGCUGAAAAGGUUGCUUCUAAACGUACGGGUAAGAUUGAUGACUUCCUCGAUUUCAACAAGGAUACACCCGAACUCAGUGCUUCAGGACUAGAUAACGCGUUAGCAGCGUUGGCUUUGACGGGUAAGGACUCUGGUGUAUCUAACAAGGAUAUCGAUCGUCAUCCUGAACGAAGAGUGAAGGCUGCAUAUAAUGCGUAUGAAGAGAGGAGAUUACCCGAGAUUAGAAAAGAGAAUCCUGGAUUGAGAUUACAACAGAUUAAGAAUCUUGUGUUCAAGGAGUUUCAGAAACUGAGUGAGAAUCCAAUGAACCAGGACACCAAUGUGCAUUACAAUGCUAGCAGGGAGGAAUUGGAGAGUAAAAAGAAAGAGGUUAGAGAUUCAAGGGAAAAGAAGUUCAACUAA